CUGCCGUGUGACCUCUGUGCGGAUUUGAUAGUGUUUGUCCGUGUUUGUGUCUGAAAUGUCUCAGGACUGGACAUGGUGCAGCUCAAAGACUGUCUACUGCUGCUUCUCCUCCUCACAGAUACAUCACUGGUCCUACUCUCUGACAUAUGCAGUGGACACAUGGACUUGUCCCAGAUGCCUAUGGGACGUUUGACUUUCAAUCCAAAGCAGGGGACAGACCAAACCAAGAGGACACUUGUGGUUUGCACUCAGACUUUGGAGAUCCCAGCACGUCAUACUGUACUGCUAAAGUUAGUGUGGCUGGAGAGGGCGUCAAACAUGUCCCUGUUGUGCGUUUGGGGCACAAAGGAGUGGACACUGGCUGUGGGGGACACUGCCCUGCUUUCUGGAUGUGACCAAAACAAAGCCAAUCUCACUUGGACCGGAGCAGGGCAUUCCUCAAAUGCUUUCCAGCUCUUCUACAAUGUUCAGGAGGACGAGAAAAGCUCCACAGAGACCAACACCAACCCAGACUCACACCCCAACAUCUUCACCUCUUCUCCAGACACCACCACUGAUCAUAGUCCCUUUUCUGAGAGUGCAGAUCUUUCAGGGAAUUCAACCCGCAACUCUGGGCUGAUACAGCCCACCACCACCUCCCCCUCCGUCUCUGGAAGCACUGGCAGGGAAGCUUCUAUAUUUCCUGGGGAAGAAUGGAACAAUGGACCGGAUACAUCUGGAGCGACACGGCGCACUGAUAGUCCUGGUACACUGGACUAUUUUAACACACAACAUUCAGUUCGAAGUUUGGAUUUUAUGACAUCUCAAAAUGCAAAUUUACAAACUUUCUCAGAAUCAAAUGAAGUGACAACUAACAGCGAAACAUCUAUAAGCACUGGAUUCUACACAACUACUGGCCACUAAAAGUUUGAGAACACAUUAUAAAGAGCUAAUCAAAGCUGGCAGCAUCCAUUUUGAAUACUUGGCUAGCACUAGCAGUUCAGUGGAAAAAAAUUGGCAACUGGGUAAUCAUCUUAACAUCUAACAUCUUGGACUAGCAGAAUUUGGAGAAAGUGGCAAAGACGAGGCAAAAACAACAGAAAGAAAUGAUCUGUUCCCCACAAAUUCUUAUUCCCCACAACCUCUCACAACAAGCACUGAACUUAAACAUAUGUCUACUGAGUCAAUGUCAACUCUGUCACCAGGAACUCUAGCUAAUCA